CGGGGAGGCGGCGCUCGUUUCUGUCCCGCUCCCCCGGUGACGGAGCUUUUUUGGCUCCUUUUGCAAUCCGUAGCUGCUGCUGUUUUUGUUUUUGGGGUCGCCUGUCUUACUGCGUUUUGUUUGCAAAAUUGCAUUUCUUUUCUUUUCUCUCUCUGUCUUUCCCGCUUUCAAACUGCUUGCCCACCAAGAUGUCCCUGCAGCAAGACCCAAGCCCUAAAGCGGUGUCUGUCAGCGACGUGCAGUUGCUGCUCAAGAAAAAGGAUGAAAUUGAAGCCCAGAUCAAAGCCUAUUAUGACGUUCUGGAAGAUCAAAAAGGUGUUGGGAUGAAUGAACCACUUGUGGAUGUCGAAGACUACCCACGUGCAGAUGUCGAUAUCUGUCAAGUCCGGAUGGCAAGGCACAACAUCAUCUGUUUACAGAAUGAUCACAAGGCCUUGAUGCAUCAGGUGGAACAGGCUCUCCACCAGCUCCAUGCCCGGGACAAGGAGAAGCGGGAAAAGGAUGAGGCAGAAGCACGAGCUGAAGCCAAGAGCCAGAGCUGUGUCUUGCCCCAGCCUUUUGCCAGAGUGAAUGCCGUUACUACAGGUUCCCCAGCAAGCACCUCGGGGUUGCAAGUUGACGAUGAGAUCGUUGAGUUUGGCUCCGUCAACACUCGCAACUUCCAGUCGCUGCAGAAUAUUGCCACCGUGGUACAGCACAGCGAAGGGAAACCAUUAAGUGUGACUGUGAUCCGUAAAGGGGAGAAACUUCACCUCAGGCUCACUCCGAAACACUGGAGCGGAAAAGGGCUUCUGGGUUGCAAUAUAUUCCCUCUGGAAAGAUGACUUUUUCAAGGACAAAGCUCCAUACAUUUGGUGGCAUUUCAAGCUGGGUUUGGCCACCCUAACAUCUACCCAAAGAAGCUGGGAUGUGGAAAGACAAACUCUGAGGCUUUGGUGUCUACCGCCAGAAGAGGUUUUGAAUGUUAUGCACAAAUGCCAUUUUGAGCUGUGCUGAUUAGUUUGUCCUGCUCUUGUGGUGUUUACUCCUGGUGUGAAUUAAAGGUGAAACGGAAGGAUUGUAGCUUUACUAUGGAAUUUGGUGAUUUAUUCUGUGAUCUUUUCAUUUGCUAGGGAAUUUGUCAACACACUAGUCCUCACUAUGUUUUUCCAUUUUCUUUUUCUUUUUUUUGCUGACUGCUAGUAACAUAUCCAUUGUCAGACCUCUAAGGUAUGCCAGAAUGUUAACUGAUAUUGUACUUUGAAUUGCCAAAUCACUUUGAAUAAAGUUUAAAACAAA